UUAUUAUCCCGUGGACUUCCCCUUUACUCAAAAGUCUUGAUAAAGACAUCACUUUUCUUUGAAUUUGUUACAUCCUAAUCCUUCCUAGGGUGGCCGACUCUUGUUGCUUAAGCUGCACAAGAUUCACCUCAACUGUGUUUGGUUAGCAGUUGAGGUUUAACCCAUCAUUUGUUGAUUGUUUUUUAUUUUAAAGGUGGACACAGGACAUACUUUCACCACAGCAACUAAUACGUACUAUUCUACUUAAAAAAAAAAAAAAGAUCCCGACUAGUUACAACCCCCUAAUUCGACAUCUGUGUAUGCUAGGAAAGUUACGUGGUUAAUUAGGUAGCGCUAGCGCAACCUGUCGCAACCAUGACGAACAACGACCCUGAUAAGCAGUAUGAGUCGACUCCUUCGUCUAAGAGCACGCGGCCGCCAUCCUCAAACUCUACCGCGACGGUAAAUCCUGAGGAACAGCGUGAAUCUGCUAGACAAAACAAUCCCAAUGGCUUCUCACGAAUCAACACUGGCGUUUCGGUUGAACAAGCCGAAGCUGACUUUGCCGAGCUCCAGAGGGAAUUAUCUGGGCUUUCUCGAGCAAGUCGUACUCGAAGCAGGAGGGAAAAUGAUGUCGAGAAAGGCCAUGCCAGCAUUGACUCUCCCCAGUCUGACGACUCCGUCGAGAUAUUUGAUCUCGAGACGACUUUGCGAGGUGAUCUAGAUGCCGAGAGAGAGGCGGGUAUUAAACCAAAGCAUAUCGGUGUCUACUGGGAUGGACUAACGGUUAAGGGCAUGGGCGGCACCGCCAAUUUUGUGAAGACAUUCCCUGACGCGUUUAUCGACUUUGUUGAUUAUUGGACUCCAUUGAUGAGCCUGCUCGGAAAAGGACAGAAGGGCACUGAGGUUACGCUGCUGGACAACUUCAAGGGCGUCGUCGAUCCCGGCGAGAUGGUUCUGGUACUAGGAAAGCCAGGCUCUGGGUGCACAACCUUUUUGAAGUCAAUUGCGAAUCAACGAUGGGGUUACACAAGCGUUACGGGUGAUGUCCUCUACGGACCUUUCACGGCUAAGGAAUUCGAGCAGUACCGUGGCGAAGCAGUCUACAACCAGGAGGACGACAUUCAUCACGCCACUCUCACCGUAGAGCAGACCCUUCGCUUUGCGUUAGAUACCAAGGUGUCUAACAAACUCCCAGCAGGCACCUCGAAGAACAAGUUCAAGGAGGACGUAAUCUCGAUGUUGCUGAAAAUGUUCAACAUCGAGCACACGAGAAAGACGGUGGUUGGUGAUGCUUUGGUCCGUGGUGUUUCCGGUGGCGAGAGAAAGCGUGUCUCUAUUGCUGAGAUGAUGAUCACUAAUGCUUGCAUUCUGUCAUGGGAUAACAGCACUCGAGGACUUGACGCUAGCACAGCCCUCGACUUCACCAAGUCACUUCGAAUUAUGACCAACCUCUACAAGACCUCUACCUUCGUAUCGCUGUACCAGGCAUCCGAAAACAUUUAUAGACAGUUCGAUAAGGUUUUGGUUAUUGAUGCUGGUAAGCAGGUGUACUUCGGUCCAGCCACCGAAGCACGAGCCUAUUUUGAAGGCCUUGGCUUCCUCCCACGCCCUCGACAGACGACCCCUGACUAUGUGACCGGCUGCACCGACGAAUUCGAACGACAAUACUCCCCCGGAUUUUCGCCGCAAAAUGCCCCGCAUAGCCCUGAGUCGCUGGCCGAAGCUUUCGAGAAGUCCCAACUUACUAAGCGGUUAAAUAACGAUAUGCUGGAAUACAAGACUAGGCUCCAGCAUGAGCAAGAGAUCGCCCGUCACGAUGAUUUCCGCGUAGCUGUGCGCGAGAGCAAGCGAACCGGUGCCAAGCACUCUGUUUACAACGUCGGGUUCCAUCUACAAGUUUGGGCCCUGAUGAAACGUCAGUUUGCUCUGAAGCUCCAGGACAAACUUAGUCUGUCGCUGUCUUGGGUUCGAACCAUCGUCAUCGCAAUUGUCCUCGGAACUCUGUACCUGAAUCUGCAACGAACCUCGGCUAGCGCGUUUAGCAAAGGUGGUCUUCUCUUCAUCUCUCUCCUGUUCAAUGCUUUUGAGGCCUUCUCCGAAUUAGGAGAAACUAUGACAGGUCGGCCAAUUGUGAACAAGCACAAAGCAUACGCUUUCCAUCGACCUUCGGCAUUGUGGAUAGCACAGAUAUUCGUGGAUACUGCGUUCUCAGCUGUUCGUAUUUUGGUGUUCUCGAUCAUCGUUUACUUCAUGGCCAACCUCAACCGGACUCCAGGAGCCUUCUUCACGUUCUACUUGCUGAUUAUCGUCGGUAACAUUGCCAUGACACUUUACUUCCGUAUUAUUGGUUGCGUUAGUCCCGAUUUCGACUACGCUAUCAAGUUCGCCGUUGUCACCGUUACCUUAUUUAUCCUGACAUCAGGAUAUUUAAUUCAGUAUCAGUCACAGCAGGUCUGGCUACGAUGGAUCUUUUGGAUAAAUGCUUUGGGACUUGCCUUUUCUAGUAUGAUGGCGAACGAGUUUGGUAAUAACGAAUUGACAUGUUCGAAUGAAUCUCUCAUUCCUUCUGGUCCUUCAUACGGCGACAUUAACCAUCAAGUCUGCACGUUGGCGGGCUCCACCCCCGGAACUGCGACGGUGAGCGGCGCCGCUUACAUCACCCAAGGGUUUUCUUACGCCCCCUCGGACUUAUGGAGAAACUUUGGAAUUAUUAUGGCCAUCAUCGUAUUCUUCCUUAUUAUGAACGUCGUCCUUGGAGAGUUUGUCAAAUAUGGCAUGGGUGGCAAUCAAGCAAAGGUCUUUGCGAAACCCGACCCCGAACGAAAACAAUUGAACGAAGCUCUUGCUAGCAAGCGAUUGGAACGCCAAAAGUCAAGGCAACAAGAAGAGGAUACCACUUUGAAGAUUGAUUCUACUAGCAUUCUAACUUGGGAGGAUCUUAAUUACGAUGUUCCAGUCCCCGGUGGCACUCGCCGCCUGCUCAACAGUGUCUAUGGUUACUGCAAGCCCGGUGAACUAACCGCUCUUAUGGGUGCUUCUGGCGCUGGAAAGACAACGUUGUUAGAUGUCCUAGCAUCGAGAAAGAACAUUGGUGUUAUCGCUGGUGACGUUUUAGUCGAUGGUGCUAAGCCUGGCAAGGAGUUUCAGAGAUCUACUUCGUAUGCGGAACAACUCGACAUGCACGACCCGACCCAGACUGUUCGCGAAGCCCUACGAUUUUCGGCCGAUCUACGUCAAUCCUUCGAAACCUCCCGCGAAGAGAAAUAUGCAUAUGUCGAAGAGAUUAUCGCUCUGUUAGAAAUGGAAAGCAUCGCAGACUGUAUAAUUGGUACCCCCGAGGCUGGUCUUACCGUUGAGCAGCGUAAGCGAGUAACAAUUGGUGUCGAACUUGCGGCUAAGCCUCAACUCUUACUGUUCCUCGAUGAACCUACAUCGGGUCUCGACAGUCAGAGCGCCUUCAACAUCAUUCGAUUCUUGAAGAAGCUCGCUGCUGCUGGACAAGCCAUUCUUUGCACCAUCCACCAACCGAACGCCGCUCUUUUCGAGAACUUCGACCGUCUACUUCUAUUACAGAGGGGAGGUCGCUGCGUGUACUUCGGUGAUAUUGGCGAGGACGCAGUUGUUCUCCGAGAUUACCUUGCGCGACAUGGCGCAGUCGCUGGCCCUUCUGACAACAUCGCUGAGUUCAUGCUAGAGGCAAUUGGUGCUGGAAGUACCCCUCGUGUUGGAAACCGUGACUGGGCCGAUAUCUGGACCGACAGCCCUGAACUUGCUAACACCAAGGACACAAUCUCUCAGUUCAAGGAAGCCCGUAAAGAGGCCGCCGCACAAAUUGACUUAUCUCUACAGCGCGAAUACGCUUCACCCCUGUUGCAUCAACUCCAGGUUGUCAUUAAGCGCACCAACCUUUCAUUCUGGCGAUCUCCCAACUAUCUGUUUACUCGAGUCUUCAACCAUGUUGUCAUCGCUCUUCUCACCGGUCUAACUUACCUGAACCUUGAUUACUCGCGAUCCUCCCUACAGUACAAGGUCUUCGUCAUGUUUCAGGUUACCGUGUUGCCUGCGUUGCUCAUGCCACAAGUUGAGCUUAUGUACGUCAUCAAGCGAGCUAUCUUCUUCCGCGAAGCGUCGAGCAAGAUGUACAGCUCUUUCACUUUCACUCUUGCUAUGAUUGUUGCAGAGGUGCCUUAUUCCAUUCUUUGUUCUGUUUUCUUCUUCCUACCACUCUACUUCAUCCCGGGUUUCCAGUCGGAAGCUUCGCGUGCCGGUUACCAAUACUUCAUGGUAUUGAUUACCGAAUUUUUCGCGGUUACCUUGGGUCAAGUCCUCGCCUCCAUCUCGCCAUCUUCAUUUGUUGCCAGUCAAUUCGAUCCUUUCAUCGUCAUCACCUUCGCCCUAUUCUGCGGUGUUACGAUCCCUGCCCCGCAAAUGCCUGGCUUCUGGCGCGCGUGGCUGUACCAACUGGACCCCUUCACACGCCUUAUCGGUGGCACUGUAACUACAGCUCUAGCGGACCUUCCGGUCAACUGCAAACCGUCGGAAUUGAAUACAUUUACCGCACCCGCAAACCAAACUUGUGGCGAGUAUAUGGACACCUUCUUCAACGUGCAGAAGGGAGCUGGAUACCUCGUGGAUAGCGCAUCCAACGUUUGCGAGUUCUGUGCCUACAAAGUGGGCAAUCAAUUCUACGAGCCUCUUGGCUUCAGCUUUGAUUACCGGUGGAGGGACCUCGGUGUUUUCUUAGCUUUCGUCGGCAGCAACCUCAUCAUCCUCUUCGCUGCGGGCCGCUUCUUAAAUUUCAACAAGCGAUAAUCUACACGAUGGAUUGAGCGAUUGAGCGACGAUAUAUGAUAAUAAUAUUUUCUAUUCUUGUAUUAUGUUUUUCGGUUAGAGUGAAGCGGGCUAGAGAAAGCGUUCACCUCUGCUUGGAUAAAGG